UCUCUGUGUUGAGUUUGCUCCAACCUGAGGAGCAGCCAGCGCGAGCUGUUCGUACUAUGGGAGCUUAAACGGUGGUCGAGGGGGCCAAAAUUCACACACUGAGAGGGUUUCAGCGCACUGGGACGAAGAGGAUAUAUACAUACACUGAGGGUCUACGCGUUCGUUAAGGAGUUUAUCACGUUGAGCUUGAAAAACAGCGAACAAAUAUGCGGAUAACGGAUAGUUCCUCAGGUUUUCCAAAUCCCUCAGCGCAACGGACAACAGCAGAAACAACAUCCGUGUUACUGACUGCUGUGGUUAUAAAGGAUGCUUUUCACUCCGAAACCUUCUCCGUUUAGCGUUUUUCCCGUGGCAUAUGAACGUUAGCCACGAAAAGCUCACGGUUUAAAGGCUUUUAAAGCACACCAGCAGUGUAUUUGGACAGCCAGCGGAGUGUUUACGCUUUAAAAUGGCUGCGGACGGGAUCAAAAUAAGACCGCUGAAUAAUAUGAUGCUUUAAAGCUGGAAAUAUCUCAUCUCUUAUGGUAAUGCUCUGGAAGGAAAGGUUUUUUUCAAUGUUAGGGGGAGUUAUUUUUCAGCCCUGUAACUGCAGGAGGUAACGUAGGAAAUUCCUGCCCUUGUUCAGAAACACAAUGAGGCGAGACAGGUGAUUUAAUAUGCCUGUGUUUAUGCUCGUUUUAUCAUAUUACACUCGGAUCUGGAGGUUUUCAAUUAAACGAUUGCUCACGCGUUGGGAAACGAUCGCUCAUAUUUAAGGAAUAUUCAUGAUCUAUAAGUGAAUGGAUCCCCCCCUGCUGUUAUACUUGAAACAAUCUGGGCACCAGUAAGCAGGGAAGAAAGGCCCUAAGAUAUUGAUACCCAAUUCAGCAACAGCAGCAGCAUCCCUAAACCAUGAAUGCUGGGAAGAAGAUGCUCAGACCUGAACUGAUUCUGGUCAGACAGAGACUGCAGGGCAUGCAGAGAUAUUUAUGGCUGUGUGUGAUGUUCUCCCUGGUGCUGAUUUCAGACGGCUCUCCAUCUAAACCCUGCGAGAAGAGCUGCCUGUCAGGCAGCUGUGUGAACGGAUCUUGUGUCUGUGAUCGUGGAUGGGUUGGGGACCAGUGUCAACACUGCCAGGGAAGAUUCAAGUUGACUGAGCCGUCUGGGUACCUAACAGAUGGCCCCAUCAACUACAAGUACAAAACCAAGUGCACCUGGCUGAUUGAGGGCUACCCAAACGCAGUCCUGAGGUUACGAUUUAACCAUUUUGCGACCGAAUGUAGCUGGGACCACAUGUACAUCUAUGACGGAGAUUCGAUUUAUGCUCCCUUAGUAGCCGUCUUCAGUGGUCUCAUUGUCCCCGAAGUGAAAGGGAACGAGACCGUCCCUGAAGUGGAGACCAACUCAGGCUACGCACUCCUGCACUUUUUUAGCGACGCUGCCUACAACCUGACAGGAUUUGAAAUCUUCUACUCAAUCAACUCAUGUCCAAAUAACUGCUCUGGCCACGGGAAGUGCACCUCGGGGAACUCGAUAGCGAGCCGUGUGUAUUGUGAAUGCGAUAAGUACUGGAAGGGUGAGGCCUGUGACAUCCCGUACUGCAGGAACAACUGUGGCAGCCCCGAUCACGGCUACUGUGACCUCACUGGGGAAAAGCUGUGCGUGUGCAAUGACAGCUGGCAAGGUCCAGACUGCUCAUUAACAGUGCCCUCCACUGAGUCUUACUGGAUCAUGCCCACAGUGAAGCCUUUUGGAGCAUCGCUGGGAAGAGCAUCUCAUAAGGCGGUGGUGCAGGAAAAGGUCAUGUGGGUUGUUGGUGGCUACAUCUUUAACUACAGCAACUUUCAGAUGGUUCUAAAUUAUAAUCUGGAAAGUGGCAUCUGGAACACUGUGCCCAUCAGUAGCGGACCCCUGCCGAGAUACGGACACUCCUUGGCACUAUAUUGGAGUGACAUCUACAUGUUUGGAGGCAAGUUGGAGAUGGGUGCCAGUAACGUAACAGAUGAACUGUGGGUGUUUAACAUACCCAAAAUGACGUGGUCGCAGAAGUCCCCCAGUGUGCCAGCCCAUGGCCUGGUCUACGCUGUGGAAGGCCACUCUGCCCAUAUAGUAGAGCUGGAUAACGGUGAUGUGGUGAUGGUUGUCAUCUUCGGCUACUCCUCCAUCUACAGCUACAUCAGUAAUGUUCAGGAGUACAACAUCAGGACAAACACAUGGCUGGUGCCAGAGACCAGAGGAGCGAUCGCUCAGGGUGGGUACGGCCACAGCAGCGUGUAUGACAGCGGCAGCAAGAGCGUGUACGUCCACGGGGGCUACAAAUCUCUUCCAGCAAACAAAUACGGCCUGGUGGAUGAUCUUUACCGCUAUGAGGUUGAGACCCGCACAUGGACGAUUCUUAGAGAAAGCGGUUACCCACGUUACCUGCAUUCGUCUGUGCUGCUGGGAGGAACUCUGCUCAUCUUUGGAGGAAAUACCCAUAAUGACACCUCUCUUAGCAAUGGAGCCAAAUGCUUCUCUGCUGACUUCCUCGCCUAUGACAUUGCUUGUGAUGAGUGGAAGGUCCUUCCCAAACCAAACUUGCACAGAGACGUGAAUCGCUUUGGACAUACAGCAGUAACCAGUAAUGGAUCCAUGUAUGUGUUUGGGGGUUUCUCCAGCGUCCUCCUGAAUGACGUACUAAUCUACAGGCCACCCAGCUGUGAGGCCUUCCUGGGACAGGAGCGUUGUGAGGCCGCAGGCCCUGGUGUGCGCUGCAUUUGGAAAGGGGGCUUCUGCAUGUCCUGGGAGCCCAGCUUCACUAACAGUGCUACACCUGCUCCUUUCUGCCCUGCCAAAGCUGCCACGGUGGAUGAGAGAUGUUACCGCUUCUCAGACUGCACCAGCUGUACCGCCAACACUAAUGGAUGUCAGUGGUGCGACAGCAAGAAAUGCAUCUCAGCUCUCAGUAACUGCACUGCUACUGUGAAGAAUUUCACCAAAUGUCCAAUCAGAAAUGAGCAGAUUUGCAGUAAGAUGGCCAACUGCAAGAGCUGCUCCCUCAACAUCAGCUGCCAAUGGGAUCCUCAACAGCAGGAAUGCCACACCCUUCCUGCCCAGCUGUGUGGAGACAGCUGGAGCAAUGUUGGGGAGGCCUGUCUGCAGAUCAACUCCAGCAGAGAGAGCUAUGACAAUGCUCAGCACUACUGCAAGAACCUGGAGGGAAACAUCGCCUCCCUUACCACAGCCAAGCAGGUGGACUAUGUGCUGGAGGAACUGCAGAAGUACCAGCAGAAGGGGAAGGUUUGUGUCUGCUCAUAUUUGCACUACCAUGCUGUCAAAUCGAUUAAUCGUAAUAAAAAUCGGGCUGGGAGGACAUGUCUCCAUUCAAGUGCUUACCUGGAGAGAGCUCAGGUCUCUGGCCUCAGGGCGAAUCCCUGCACCGCCAACACAGACGGCCUCAUCUGUGAGAAACCAGUCGUGAGCCCGAACCAGAACGCCCGCCCGUGUAAGACGCCCUGCUCUCUGCGCACCUCUUGUGAGAACUGCACCAGCCAGGCCAUGGAGUGCAUGUGGUGUGGAAGCACCAAACGCUGCGUGGACUCCAAUGCCUACGUCAUCUCCUUUCCCUACGGCCAGUGUCUGGAGUGGCAGACAGGAGACUGCGUGUCUCAGAACUGUUCUGGUUUGCGUACAUGUGGUCUGUGUCUGGAGCAGCCUGACUGCGGCUGGUGUGGGGACCCUAGUAACACCGGCCGAGGGCAGUGCAUGGAGGGUUCGUAUCGCGGACCCAUGAAGAGCCCCUCUAAACACAGCCAAGACAUGGUGCUGGAGACGGGGCUCUGCCCAAAAGAGCGGGGCUUUGAGUGGGCCUUCAUCCAGUGCCCUGCAUGCCAGUGCAAUGGCCACAGCACGUGUGUGAAUGGCAGCGUGUGUGAGCAGUGUCGUAACCUCACCACCGGGCUUCACUGCGAAACAUGCUUGCCCGGAUACCAUGGAGACCCAACCAAUGGUGGAAAGUGCCAAGCCUGUAAAUGUAAUGGCCAUGCCAACGUGUGCCAGGUGCUGACGGGCAAAUGCUUUUGCACCACCAAGGGUAUCAAAGGCGACCAAUGCCAGCUUUGUGAUUCAGAAAACCGUUACCUUGGCAACCCUCUCCGAGGAACCUGUUACUAUAACUUGCUGAUUGAUUACCAGUUCACCUUCAGUCUGCUUCAAGAAGAUGACCAGCACUACACUGCCAUUAACUUCAUGGCCACUCCUGAACAGACCAGUAAGAACUUGGACAUGUCCAUCAAUGCAUCAAACAAUUUCAAUCUGAACAUCACUUGGUCAGUUGGGUCAACAGCUGGGACCAUCUCUGGGGAAGAGAUCCCCAUCAUGUCCAAGACCAACAUCAAAGAGUACAGAGACAGUUUCUCUUGUGAGAAAUUCAGUUUUCACAGCAAUCCCAACAUCACCUUCUAUGUAUACGUCAGCAACUUCUCAUGGCCAAUCAAAAUACAGAUCGCCUUCUCUCAGCACAACAGCAUUAUGGACCUGGUGCAGUUCUUUGUGACAUUUUUCAGUUGCUUUUCAUUUAAACGCAUUUUAAGCGCUGUGGUUUAAAAACAAAUUUAACUUUGGAAGAUCAAACAGACCUGUUGGGCCUCCAGGCGACGAGAGCAACUGAUGAGGGAAAGGCAGCAGAUGGCCAGUCGCCCUUUUGCCUCUGUCGCGGUGACACUGGAUGUGGGCAGCACUCAGAUAGAACUGCUUCAGGGUGGAAUCGAGGGACCGCCCAAGCCAGUUGCUGUAGAACCCUGUUCAGGGGGUAAAGCAGCGGUGCUCACAGUGCUAAUGUGCCUCCCAAGAGGGGCAUCUGGUGUUCCUCCACCCGGCCAGUCAGGUAUAGCCAUCGCCAGCGCUCUUAUCGACACGUCCCAGCAGAAGCCCAUGGACUUCAAAGAGAAAAGCCAAGGCUUGAAGAACCGCAAAGCUCUGCCUCCCACUCACCAGGGCACCUGUGUUUGAAUCAUCUGCGGCCUCGGUGGGCUGUCCUUUACCAGAGCGACCUCCUCUCUUGUGCUGCUUCAGGCAGACGGCGGCCUAGAGUGGCCCCAUGUGAUGGGAUUAUUUAGGCGACAGAGUGCCCUCUAUUUCCACUCCACAUUCACUUUAUCUCUCCACGUCAAUUGAACAUCGUAAAUAGAUCUCGUCCGUUUCAAACGACCUUGCCGUCACCACCUGCUCAAGCUCAGACAUUACAAGUUAGACUCCAUCCGAAACAAUCGACAGGCUUCUUCUUGAUUCAUCCGACUCUUGGCGCCGUUGAGCCCUCAUUUCUGUCUUCUCAAGGCCUUCUGAACAUUGAGGGUCUCUCCCAUCAGCUUUACACCUUGCACAGAUGUGCCUCUAGCAUGGUUUGUACAUUUUGGACCAGAGUGUCUUGCUAAGCCAGAAGUAGCGUUCUGGUAGUCUCGGGAUGGUCGCCGGGUUUGUGUACGGGUUGCUCACCUAUUUGUAUGCUCGCCAACUAGACUUGUGUUUUUGCUCAAUUUUUAGCUCUUUCGACAUUUUAUUUAAGAGAUGGACUAUAGAAAUUUUUGCCAUGGUGUGGAAGCUGUCUGUCAUGUAAGCUAAUGACGUUCUGCUGCUGGUAGCUUCAUGCUUGGUAAACUCGUGUUAGGAAUGGAUCACAUCGUUUUUAGCUAGAUAGGUUUCACACAUUUCAUACUUAUGCUCUUCUUGUGAAGACUUUGCAUGAACCACUAACACUAUGCUUGAAAAUUUUAAACAGUUUGUGGGUUACGUGUCACACGAAGAAUGUCUUCAUGUCUUGAAAUAUCGCACACCGUUAGCUGCACCGUAAUAUAGAGGGGAGUCAGCUGGUACGGGUGAAACCGAGUAUCAGUUGUAAAUCACAGAGAUAAUUCAGACUCUAGUCUGGGAUAGACUCUAGGGAUGAAAUCGCACCUCGCUGAACUGACAAACCUGGAGAAUUUACGCCAGAAGCUGCAUCGCAGGAAAUGCUAGGGAACUCU